AUGCUUUUACAAACUCUCCGCCUAACUAUGCCAAGGGUGCUUUCGCACAUAAAAUCAUCCCCAGCAACAAUAACGAGAGCCUACACAGUUCCCAGCCUCUUAGCGGCUGCUGUUCCACAACCAGCUCUUGUCGCAGUUAACAGAUCUUUGGUUUUUAGCAGAGGUUUCAAAGUCAGAACAUCCGUGAAAAAGUUCUGCAGUGAUUGUUACUUGGUGAGAAGAAAGGGAAGAGUAUACAUUUAUUGCAAGUCAAAUAAGAAACAUAAACAGCGUCAAGGUUGA